AUGGCCGUCGCACCUAUCACCGGCAUGCUCCGACGGGGCCUCGUUACCGACCUCAGCAUUGCGCUCGGAUUGGGCGUAACCUUCGGUGCUCUCUACUGGCACGGAUACCACAUGCCGCGCACCUACGCCCGAGACAACUUCUACAGAAAACUCGAGCAAGAACGAGCUGCCGCGAGAAGCGUCUAG